GUAACACAUUUUCCUUCAUUUUUGUGCUAAUAGAGAAGUAGAGAUUUAUAAUUGGUCCCUUUGGUGACCUAGCAGUGCUUAUAUUACUUAGGCAAUUGUUUUUAUGUGGAGCCAGCAAAAAAAAAAAAAAAAAAAGAAUUUUUUGUUUUGUUUUGUUUCUGGCUCCUGUAAUGCAAUGCCAGCCACCCAGAAGGCAUGUGCUACGCUUUUCUUCAGGGUCUCUAAGACGCUCCAGGACACAUGGACCAGACUGUCAUUAUCUCUCUAGCUACUAGCCCCGGGAUCUCAGCUAGGUGACCCAGGGGCUAUUCCCGGGUUUGUUCUUUUUGAUUCCCGUGUUGUUGCAGAAGCGCUUGCUGGCUCUGAUGUUGUGAGAGUGGUAGCUGGGGAGGUGGGAAGAUGGUGAAAGCGCAUUACCAACCGCGGAGAACGGGUGAUAGAACACGGGGUUGGAACAGGAAGGUGCGAUGGAAAUAUUGGUGGGCCGGGAGGUGGGAGAGGCUUGUCCUUGCCACCAGAAGGGCUAUGUCUAGUCGUAACACUGUGGAGUGGGACGAGGGUGAGCACCUGCGUUUUGCAUUAUCUUUGUCACAGUGAGAGAUGGGCUGUGGGCUCACAGGGAGCGUGAGAGGACCCAUAGCGCACACAAAUCAGAAAAUGAGGCGCUUUAAACAGGGAUUUGCCUGCUCCUGUAUGUGCCCUGGGUUUAAGAGGACGCAUGUCUGCAGAGGGGUGUACAUUCCUGAUGGGAAGCUUUAGUGCUGGAGACUACAGACCACGGCCUUCCCAGUCAAAAACUUCUUGUGGGAUCCUGCUUGCUAGUGGAUGAAGAACAAAUGCUGCGUAGCAUUCAAGGCUCUCUAGGUGACAGCAGCAUUUUAGAUCUUCCUCUGCAAGGGUUCCAGGUAGAAGCUGUUCAUUCCAAUCAGCCUGCUCCGCCCUGUGAUUUUCCAUCUUCUUCCAUUUCUCUGUAUACAACCCCAUCUUGCAAAGCUCAGAUCAAGUCCCCUUUCUUCUAAGAAGCCCUCCCUGACCACACACUUCCUGUGAACUCUGACAGACAGUAGUGUGGGCUCACCUUCAGUCCCACGCUGCCCUAAAUCUUUGAGCUGUUGUAUGUGCUGUGCCUUUGCUGUUGGGCUCAGACAAGGGACGGCCAGCCUCUGUUCUCUCCCAGCCCUGCCAAUGGUUUGUGUGACCUGGGGAGAGUAUUGCUUUAUCUCUCUGAGCCUCAGUUUCUUUACCUGUAAAAUAAUGAUAAUUGUUCCAAACUCAGGGUCAUUAGGAUUUUUUGAUAAAAUACAUACAUUUAGAGCAGUACCCAGCAGAUUAUAAAUGCUCAAUAAAUGUUAGCCAUUGUUAUAACAUGGUGAUGAUGUCUUUAUUCAGCAAAUAUUCAGGAAACAUCUUUUAGGUACUUGGGGGGGAGACCCAUAAAUAAACAAAGGGAAAAUGUUGCAUUCAUUGAACUUAUAUUUUAGUGGAGGAAACAGAUGAUAAGCAAAAUAUAUGUUACUUUUUUAUGGUGAUGACUGCUAUGGAGAAAAAUAUAGCAGGGUGAAGAUAGGAAGGAUAGAGGAGGUCACUUUUAAAUGUAGGGUGGUUUAAAAAGGGCUUUAUUUUGAGAAAGUGACAUGCUUGUAUAAUUAUUAUUAUGAUCACUCCUCAGGGAGACAUUAUAGCAGGUGACUGUAUAAUUUAUUAUUUAAGCCAGGACACUUCUGAAAGUCAAAGAGGUACUAUGAAUAAUUGUACCAGGACGUGGUUGUAAAUCAGUCCUGUCUAGGGCAAAUUGAGAUGCAUUUGUAGUUACAAUUGGUCAUGCCAAGUCUCUGUAAGUAUAUGAGAUAGUAUGGUGUCAGGCAGACCUAAAUGCAAAUUCUAGGUUCUGCUGUGAGAUCUUGGUCAAAUCAUUUAACCUGAUUGCAUUUCAGUUUUCUCAUCUGUUAUGCAUACCUAGUAGGAAUUUUGUGAGAAUUAAAUGAGAUAAUUAAAGUAAAGCACUCAGUGUAGGACCUGACACCUCAUAAACAGUCUGCAAAAAUUCAUUACCAUCAUCAGCAGAUCAAGGGCAAGAAUUGUUCUUUUUCACAUCUCCCACUGUGCCUGGGAAGAGUUUUCGGAUAUGCAAGGUGGAUGGAUGUUAGGUUUGGAAACUUGGCUGAGCCGUGGACUUGGAAGAGAGGUAGACUUGAUCUGCCAAGUAGUUGGCUCCAUCCAUUCUCACAGAACAUAAGACAUACAUAGAGUUUGAAUGUUGGAUUCAUGUACCUGUCAGGAGACUGUGCUGGGGCAGUCACAGGAAGAGUUUGGACAGUAGAGUCCAGGACUAAGAAUCUUCAGAUGUUAGCUCAGGAAGAGGCCCCAUGACAAGUGGCCCCCACAAUCCACCUCCCAAUGGAGGAAAGAGAGACCCAGGGCGCUGAAAUGACCUUCCCAAAGCUCGUGGCCUGCAGCCUGUUUCAGUGCAUCUGCCCUUACCCAUCCUGCAAAUUGGUGUAGCAAAGAUGAUAAAGAGUGAGGAGAGAGCGCUUAGAAUUCCACCUGGAAAAGCCAUGUUUCUUUGGAAAUGGGCCACAGAUGACGUAACCCUGCCAUAUCCCAUUACCCGGUACUUGGCUAAUCUUUGUACGAAACUUGUUUUGGUGAAACUUGAGCCUGGAGAAGCCAACUCAAGUAUAUUACUUUCUCACUGUUGAAUGCCUCUAGACUUGGGAUAACAUUUAAUCUAAAGAGUAAGGUGAUAUUUCCUGAGAUAGCAAUGAGUUCAUGUUUUGAAAUUAAGUGAACUGAGUUUAUUGCGUUGGUUAGCUUUUUUUAAAAAGUACUAACUGCAGUAGUAAAUGUUCUCUCCACAAAGUAAUGUCUGGCCAGUGUAUGGGGAGGAAUGGGGAGAAUUAGACAGGGCAGUUUUCAGUCCUUAGAAGUUGCCUCACUGCCUCUCUUGUUAGGUACUAUUCCAGAUUGAACUACAUUUUCAUUUAAGGGGGCCCUAAUUUGAAUAACUAGAUUUCCAACCUAGGACGGCUUGGGGACAAAUAGGUUUGUUUUAUGUUAUGUUUCCUGAAUAUGUGCUACCUGCUGUCUGUCCUUUCUCCUUCCCAAGGUACUUAGCACUCAGUAAAGGAUGACUGCGCACCUCCAUUACACCAGGAGGGGAAAGAAGACUUCUAUUCAUGGAACUUCUUGGAUAGCAAGCUGAUUGAAAAAGAAAAAGAAACAAUGUUAGGAAUUUGAAGCUUGAUGCAUUGUCUUUUUCACUUAAUCUCCAGAAGUGUUCUUGAUUAUAAGAAUGUGGGGAUUGAUGUACGAUUGAAGUAGACUUCUUCAAGAAGUCAACUGGAAUUUCAGUGCUGUUUAUAUUGUAGUUCCCGGAUGUUUCAGCUGCUAAGCUUUAUUGCUUAUGGCUACACAGCAGCAGUUGUGGAGAAAGACUCCUCUUUCCCAUGCCACCACCCUGCUCCCAGCUUACCUUGACCCUCCACAGAUGCCCUGCUAAAGUUUAAGCCCUGGGAGGACAGCACUUAAGUCUCCAUCAUCUUUGUAUCCUCCAAAACAACACACCACCUGGCAUACACUACAGUAAGUGUCCAGUUAAUGCAGCAGCUAUACAGUCACCAUUUUGAUUUUCAACAUAAUGCAGAGUUGAAUCACGAAAAAUGUAGGGUUGAUUUUUCCAAGGUUAAUGAGAUAACUAGAGUGAAUCCAAGCAGUGGCUGGCGGGGAUUCCUGGGUUCUCUCUGUCCGUUCCAAAUCUCUUGGUCCUGGCUGCAGUUUGGUUCCUUCCCAUCAGGGGUCUACUCCAUAUUCAAUGUUGGCUGGGUGUUUCCAGGUUCUGUAGUUGCUUGGGAUGCCCUAGACAGUGGCAGUUAUUCUGGAACUUUUCUAGUAUGCUGGCUCCUGGGUGGCUUCCCAGGCAGAUUGAGCACAGGGAACAGGAGGGAUGUGGAGAUCCACCUUGUAUCUGUCUUUUGCAUGCCUUCCCCGCCCUCCCUUCCAUCUGCCUUCUUAUAGAGGCAUGCACAGAAGAUGAGAUCUUUACCUACCCUCGCUGGGGAAUGAAUGGGGGCCUGGACUGAGAUCUGGAGGAACCUACCAGGCCCUUUCCAUCAGAAUUCAGGUUACCACGAGACCCAGUUAUCUCAGGGUUUUACUGCCUGCCCCAGGCUGGGAGUUGGUGGGUCUGGGUCUCUGUGAGAAAUCAGAGAAUCAGGAGGGAGCAGCAGGGAGGAGAGGCAGGGGAACAGGACAGAAUGGAUUGGUUUUGGCAGUACCAUGUUGGAGGUUAUUUAUAUCAUUUUCAAGUUGUAUUGAAUACUUAUCUAAUCUGUGGUCCAAACUGUGCAAAGGAGGAUGAGAAUCCAACAUAAACAACGACUAUGCCCCCAUCCCUCCUCCCUUCCUGUGGACAAAGUCCAGUGGCCUCUAUUAACCCAGUUAAGCACCUUUUCACUCUCCAAGUCCAGGACAUCUGAUGAACUAUGAAGAACAUGAAUUAGAACUGAGUCCAAAGGAAGGCUGCCUGCUUUUUAUCCCUUGAAUUGGCCCACAGGGUCAACCUAACAUGUCUGACCACCUGGACUCCCAGGUAGAGAGAAAGCCAGAGGUGCCUGUGCCCUAGAACUAAAAGAGAUUGCAUAGAGCUUCAUUUUUGCCCUUAACACAGUCACCCCACCCACUGGUGAGCUGGGGCCCCGUAAGAGUGCUGAUCUGUGCCAGGUCAGGUUGCACCCGGCUUCUCCUGUGGGAGUGACUUGGGUGUGGAGAAGGAGCCCAGAAACACAGAUGGAGCUUUCUUCUUCUGGGAAUCCAAGUGGGAAUGUGGGAGAGAGGAAAAAGGGGAGGAGUUCCCUUCCUCCCCAGCAUAGUUCCCCGCUGGCAAGUUCUCAUCAGACUAGCUGCAGAGGCUGGACUAACACAGAGGGAACACACUUCUACAGAUUACUGAGCAAGAGUUGGUGCUAAGCUGGGUGCAGUGGGGUGCACUUGUAGUCCCAGCUACUUGGGAGGCUGAGGUGGGAGGAGGAUCACUAGAGGCCAGAAAUUUGAGGCCAUGGUGUGUCAUGAUUGUGUCUGUGAAUAGCCACUGUACUCUGGCCUGGACAAUAUAGGAAGAACCUGUAAAAACAACCUAAAAAACUAAAACAUAAAAUUUAAAAAUAAGAACUGUGUGCUAGCCACUUGUACGCAUGGGAAAACAGAGUGCCCGAUUGUUGUGUUUUAAAGCAGGACACAGAAAUCAUCCAAAGGCUGUAGAUUAAGUGUGGUAGGAGAUCAAAGAGAGUCUGCCUGUGUAAGGGAGUCUGCCUGUGCAUUGAUUUUGGAAAUGAACUUAGUACAAAUCAUUGUCAACUGGGGCAAGUUACUUGUCUGAGCUUCAGUUUUUCUACCUGGAAGAUUGGAGGAAUCCUUUUCUCACGGGGUGUCAGAAGUCUUAAAGAGAUAUGUAUGUGACAGCAUGAUGGCAUACCUAGAGAGGUGCUGGAAAGUCUAGGCCCCUUUGAAUUCAGAGCCAGCGAGGAGGGGUGUCCUUAGGGAAGCCUCCCAAGUCUAGGACUUGGAGCUGGGCUGAAAAAAUAAGUGAAAUUUGGGAGGGAGAAAAGGAGGCUUAUAAAUAGGGUGAAUGGCAAGUGUAAAGACUUAUACUUUCUUUAUUUUAUGAACUUUAUUUCAUAAUUUAGCUAGCAGGAGACAGGGCCAUGUGUUGCUAGGUUUUCCUAGCUCAGAGAGAGGACUCACCCUGUUCUUGAAAGUACCCAGAUGCCAGUCCUGCAUUUUACUUUUCUCCAUUCCAACCAGUGUGGUUCCAAGGACAAUUUAACAUGAAUAUUUCAAAUUUAAUAUGUCCCAGGUAUAGUGCUAAGUAACCUCUCAAACAGUCAUCCACCCUCACUCUUCUCUCUUCUGUAAGUCACGGUUUCUCAACCUUGGUGCCAUUGACAUUUUGGGCCAGGUGAUCAUUUGUUUGGCGGGGGAGGGAUAUUGUGUGCAUUGCAGGAUGUUUAACAGCAUCCCUGGCUUCUACCCAUUGUAGACUUUUAGUAGCAACCCCAGUAGAGACAAUCAAAUAUGUCUCCAGAAAGUUCCAGAUGUCCCCUAGGGGUCAGAAUUGCCCUUGGUUGAGAACCACUGUAGUAAAUGGUCCCAUCACUUACCAGCUGCUCAAGCCAGGGCUUGAGGUGUCAUCUUUGAAUCCUGCUUUUCAACAUUCCUUCAUUCCAAUAGCAAGCACUUCUGUUUGGGCCUCCCCAGUAGAUACGAAAUCCAAGCACUUCUCAUUCUCUCAUAGACAAGGUCACUUUCACUCAGAGACCUGCAAUAGUCUCCCAACCGAUCUCCAUAGUUUCACUGUUGCCUGCUUCCAGUCUAUCGUCCAUACAGCCCAAGAGUGGCGUCAAAAUAGAAACGGCAGCAUGUCACUCUCCUGCUUUAAGUGCAUUUCAAUGGCUUCCCCUUGCACGAAGAAUAACAUCCAGACUGCUCGCCAAGGCUUAGAAGAGCUGCGUGCUCUGGUCUGCUUCCUCCCCUCUCUCACCUGUACCUCCUUCGGUUGCUCACCUGGCCACAGCUGCACCUUCUGGCUCCUUGAACGCAGCAAACUCUUUCCUGCCUAGGGGAGUGUGUCCAUGGCAUCCCCUUGCCCGGGAAGGCCCUUCUCCCCGCUCUGUACACGACGAGCUCUCAUUUUUCAGUACUCCACUUACAUGGAGCACUUCCAUAGAGACUUUCCCUGAUUCACCUGUCGCAUGGAGCCACCCCCUUCAAAAUCUGAGUCCUUUGUUUUUUUCCUUCCAUAACUCCUAUCCUAGUUAGUAAUUGGCUUUCUUCUUAAUCAAAUUGCUGGCCUCCAUGAGGCCUGCUUGACUGCUUUUUAAGUAUCACCCCUGCCAGGCAAAAGAUAGGUGCUCAGUAAAUAUUCAUUUAUUUGACUAAAUAAGCAAAUUAAACACUUCGUGCUUCUAGAGGAAGAGGGAUACCAUUUCUCUAUUUUAAAACUUUAAAACUGGUAGCAGCAGACCUCGGUAUUAGUCUUCCAAUAAAAUCAGUAGUAUACCAGUUUUCUUCUUUGAUUUUCUCAGGAUAGUUAGCACACUGCCUACUAAAGAGUGGAUGCCCAAGAAAUCAUUGUUGAAUGGAUGACUAGCACAUUCUUAUGUAAUAUUUUAUUAAAUGAGUGAAACACUAUAAAUGAUUGAAAUAAACAGCUUUUAAGCCAAGUUGUUGAAAUCCCAAGAUCUAUCCUUUGACCUUCUCAAACCUUCUGGAAGGGAAGGUUUGAUCCUCCUCUUCCAGUCCCAAGUCUAGACACUUGAUGCUAUUUCCAGUCAUUAUUUUUUACUACUGUAGCUUGUAGAAGUAACUGGAAUGCACAGAGGACACACUGCCUGGCCCAUGGCAGAAAUUCAGUAAAUGUUUGCUGAUUUGAAUUGGAUCAAGGCACUUAAGGAAAAGAAGAGAAUUAGGCAGGUGGAUAUAUAGAGGAGCAUAUUCAGGUUUCAUCUUGAAAAUGAAUCAGUCAUUCAACAGGUCUUGAUUAGAGAAAGACUAAUUUCAUAGCCUCAGAAUUGGCUGUCAGCUGGGAGAGAUGAAGACUUUGGAGAACAGGAUAGCAUGUAAUGUGCUAAACAGCAUGGCGCAGUUUUGAAUAUCUCUUGAGUUGCUUUAAAGUAGUACUGGGGCUUCCUCCCUUCCCCCUUUUCUGGACCAGACUCUCAGCUGUAAGAAGCAUGGAGAAGUAAUGAAGAUUUUUUACAUUCUCAGACUGCUUUCUGGGAAUCCUGCAAAGUCCCUACUUCUUCUCUGAUUACCCUUCCCAUGGCUGAGUUCAAGAGCAUUUUACAAACCUGGACUUUGAAUCUGGGAAAAUGCUUUAUGACCAUUUUUUUAUGAUCUCAGAGAAACCCUCUAAGGCAAGUUAUUUCCCUAUCUUUGCCAAAGGGGAAAAACCAAGGGCCUGGUAAACUUCCCAGGAUCUCCCAGUCUCGGAUGCUUGCCUGUGGGCGGCUCUCAUGCACCCAGCCGCGUGCUGUCUCUUCCAUUAGAGGUGCUUUGGCUGCUCCAGGAAGGGCCUGUCAGCAACCUCAGCCCACGUUUUCAUGGACUUCAUGGUCUUCCUCAGGAAGGAGAAAGGCCAAAUUCAGAGAACCAUAUGCCAUUAGAGCCGCAAGUUUUCAAUGCAGAGUUCCAAUCCAAACCAAUCCUUUUAUACUUGGGCCAGUUGACAUCCAGGGAGGGAAAGUGAUGUGCUUGAGUCACAGCCCAAAGUCUGUGACUUCCAGCCCAGUGCAUUUUUUAUCCCAACAUAGUUGUCUCUUGUUAGAAGAGUAUCCUCAGCAACCAUGAGUUUUCAUUCUUAGAGGCGGGAUACUACAGUGAGCGGAGUAAGGGCUUUUUGACAUGAGAGGUAGUUGGGGCAAUGGUUAGAGCAAAGCCUCUGGAGCCAGCCUGCCUUGAUUCCUGUUCCAGCCCACCUGUUCACUGUAUGGCCUUGCUUGACCUAUCUGGGCCUCAGUUUUACUCAUCUGUGAAGUGGGGGGUAAUCAUAGUCCAUCCCCACUGGGGUAUGCAGAGGAUUAAAUGAGCGAGUAUAUGUUAAGGGAUCAGAACAAUACCUGGCGCAGCACAAGGAGUAUGUAAAUGCUGCAAGAGCAUGUUACUGUGUGAAUUCCAACUGCUGCUCACUGACUGCGUGACUCUGGGCAAGUGAUUUGAAUUGCUGACCCUCCAGUUCCUCCUUCUGUAAGAAUAAAUCUGCCUUAGCAGAAUUGUCGAAUAGAUUAGAGAUCAUGUGCACCAGGUGUCUGCCUGAAUAGUAGGCCCUGAGGAAAUGAUCACAUCUUCUACUGCCUCCCGAGGUGUGAGGCAGCUAGCACAGCACCUGACCAGUGCUUAAUAGUUGUUCCUUUCUCUUUCUGUUUUUAAAAGAGAGGACUAUUAGGGCUGGAUCUGCAGUCACUUCCAGGGAAGACCUGCAGCUUCCAUGGCUUAUUCACUUAAAGAGAAUUAUUACUUGCAUUUUUUUAUUUGUUGGCAUUUACUGGACACUUCCUAGGUGGCAAGCACUGUUCUGUGCCCUUAUGUGUAUUAUAUCAUUUAUCUGCACAACAGCCCGGUGACAUAAGUACUAUUAUUGUCCUCGUUCAAUAGAUAAGUAAACUGCAUCUUAGAAGGUAACUCACCUAGAGUUACAUAGUUAGUGAGAAGGAAAGCCACAAUUUUGAACGCAGAUCAAUCUGGCUUGAAAAAUCUAUACCCUUCACCACUUAUUAAGUGAAAGUGUGCCAGGUCCUGGUUGCAGAAGCGUCCUGCCAGGGUGACAUCGUUCACUCUGAGGACACCAGAGGAGGAUGGAGCACCUUCCCAGGUUAACCAUUUACCACCUCACCAGCUGCCAAAUGACAGGAGGGCAAGGCAACAGAACUGUGUCCCGCAACCCCUCCCUUUCUCUACGCACCCUGCCCUGCGUGCUGCAUGCACCAAUCGCCGAGGCCUCUGAGCAGGUCGAGCCCGCCAAGUUCCUUUCCUUUCCUGGCCCAGGUGUGGCACCCAUGCGGAGCACACGCUAGCAUGGCAGGAAGAAGCCGUACCUGAGAGCUGUUUGGAGGAGCACCUUCAUCUGCAGAUGAGAGAGACCCCAUCCUGUUGCUGGUGGUGAAUACCCACGCUAGCAGAGUUGGGGUGCUGUAGAGUUCUUUCCUCCCUGACAAAGAGUUUUGAGUGAGAACAUCUGUGACUGGUCACCUUUCUUGAGCUAGAUCUACACGGACUGGGCCAAUCAUUAUCUAGCCAAAUCCGGCCACAAGCGUCUCAUCAAGGAUCUCCAGCAAGAUGUGACGGAUGGCGUCCUCCUGGCCCAGAUCAUCCAGGUUGUGGCAAAUGAAAAGAUUGAAGACAUCAAUGGCUGUCCGAAGAACAGGUCGCAAAUGAUUGAAAACAUAGAUGCCUGCUUGAAUUUCCUGGCAGCUAAGGGAAUAAACAUCCAGGGGCUGUCUGCAGAAGAGAUCAGGAAUGGAAACCUCAAGGCCAUUCUAGGCCUCUUCUUCAGCCUCUCCCGAUACAAGCAACAGCAGCAGCAGCCCCAGAAGCAGCACCUCUCCUCGCCUCUGCCGCCGGCCGUGUCCCAGGUGGCCGGGGCCCCCUCCCAGUGCCAGGCUGGCACUCCUCAGCCACAGGUGCCAGCCCCUCCCCAAGCCCCGUGCCUGCCUCACCAGCCAGCGCCACAUCCGCAGUCCAAAGCACAGGCGGAAAUGCAGUCCAGUGCACCAUCCAAGGACUCAUCUCAAAGCAAAAUCAUCCGCUUCACUCUGGGUCAGAGAAAGAUCUCUAGACUUCCAGGCCCUACCACAAGAGUAUCCACUGUGGGCAACGAGGCCAAAACACGAGGAGGGUCAGCCGCUGCCAACAACCGACGCAGCCAGAGCUUUAACAACUAUGAUAAGUCCAAGCCAGUCACCUCUCCGCCCCCACUGCCAAGCAGCCACGAGAAAGAGUCAUUGGCGAGCUCAGCCUCCUCCCACCCCGGAAUGAGCGAAAAUGCACCUGCUUCCUUGGAGAGCGGCAGCAGCCCCACCCCCGCUAACUGCAGCACGUCCUCGGCCAUCCCCCAGCCCGGCUCGGCCUCCAAGCCCUGGCGCAGCAAGUCCCUCAGCGUGAAGCACAGUGCCACGGCGUCCAUGCUCUCGGUCAAGCCGCCCGGGACCGAGGCCCCCAGGCUCACGCCCGAAGCCAUGAAGCCAGCCCCCAACAAUCAGAAGUCCAUGCUGGAAAAACUAAAACUUUUCAACAGUAAAGGGGGCUCCAAGGCGGGCGAGGGCCCGGGGUCCCGGGACACGAGCUGCGAGCGGCUGGAGAUCCUGCCCAGCUUCGAGGAGAGCGAGGAGCUGGAGGCCGCCAGCCGCGCGCUCUCCACGCCGGGCCCCGCUUCCAGUAGCCCCAAGAUCGCACUCAAGGGCAUCGCCCAGAGGACCUUUAGCCGGGCGCUGACCAACAAGAAGAGUUCUCCGAAAGGCAACGAGAAGGAGAAGGAGAAACAACAGCGGGAGAAGGAGAAGGAGAAAAGCAAGGACCUCACCAAGAGAGCGUCGGUGACAGAGAGACCCGACCUCAAGGAGGAGCCAAAAGAAGACCCCAGCGGGGCCGCCGUGACCGAGAUGCCAAAAAAGUCCUCCAAGAUCGCCAGCUUCAUCCCCAAAGGCGGGAAGCUCAACAGUGCCAAGAAGGAGGCCACGGCCCCCUGCCACAGUGGGAUACCAAAACCGGGGAUGAAGAGCGCGCCCGGGAAAGCCCCAAGUGCCCCAGCACCUUCCAAGGAUGGGGAGCGGAGCCGGAGCGGGAAGCCGAGCUCGGGGCUCCCCCAGCAGAAGCCCCAGCUGGACGGCAGACACUCCAGCUCCUCCUCCAGCCUGGCAUCCUCGGAAGGAAAAGGCCCAGGAGGGACCACCCUGAACCACAGCAUCAGCAGCCAGACCGUCAGCGGGUCCGUGGGGACCACCCAGACCACAGGAAGCAACACCGUCAGUGUUCAGCUACCUCAGCCCCAGCAGCAAUACAACCAUCCCAACACUGCCACGGUCGCACCUUUCCUGUACAGGUCCCAGACGGACACGGAAGGGAACGUUACUGCCGAGUCCAGCUCAGCGGGUGUGAGCAUGGAGCCCAGCCACUACACCAAGAGUGGACAGCCUGCUCUGGAGGAACUCACAGGGGAAGAUCCCGAGGCUCGGCGCCUGCGGACAGUGAAGAACAUCGCUGAUCUGCGGCAGAACUUGGAGGAAACCAUGUCUAGUUUACGGGGAACUCAGGUUACACACAGCACAUUGGAAACCACAUUUGACACUAACGUCACCACGGAGAUAAGUGGCCGUAGCAUCCUCAGCCUGACGGGGAGGCCCACCCCUCUGUCCUGGCGACUGGGCCAGGCCAGCCCUCGGCUUCAAGCAGGAGAUGCCCCCUCCAUGGGCAACGGGUACCCGCCUCGCGCCAACGCCAGCAGGUUCAUCAACACCGAGUCCGGUCGGUACGUGUACUCGGCCCCUCUGAGAAGGCAGCUGGCCUCCAGGGGCAGCAGCAUCUGCCACGUGGAGGUCUCAGACAAGGCAGGAGAGGAGAUGGACCUGGAGGGCAUCAGCAUGGACGCCCCCGGCUACAUGAGCGAUGGGGACGUUCUGAGCAAGAACAUCCGGACAGAUGACAUUACCAGUGGGUACAUGACCGACGGUGGACUUGGCCUCUACACCCGUCGCCUGAACCGUCUCCCUGAUGGGAUGGCUGUGGUGCGGGAGACCUUGCAACGAAAUACCUCCCUGGGCCUCGGAGACGCUGACAGCUGGGAUGACAGCAGCUCCGUGAGCAGCGGCAUCAGCGACACCAUAGACAACCUCAGCACUGAUGACAUCAACACCAGCUCCUCCAUCAGCUCCUACGCCAACACACCUGCCUCCUCCCGCAAAAACCUGGACGCGCAGACCGACGCUGAGAAACACUCGCAGGUGGAGAGGACUCCCCUGUGGUCCGGCGAUGAUGUCAAGAAAUCAGACGGAGGCUCGGACAGCGGCGUAAAGAUGGAGCCGGGCUCCAAGUGGAGGCGGAACCCUUCCGACGUGUCCGACGAGUCCGACAAAAGCACGUCGGGCAAGAAGAACCCCGUCAUCUCACAGACGGGCUCGUGGCGGCGAGGCAUGACAGCUCAGGUGGGCAUCACCAUGCCGAGGACGAAGCCGUCCGCCCCAGCAGGUGCUCUGAAGACCCCCGGAACCGGAAAAACAGACGAUGCAAAGGUGUCUGAGAAAGGAAGGCUUUCUCCCAAAGCCUCCCAGGUGAAGCGCUCCCCAUCUGAUGCUGGCCGCAGCAGUGGUGAUGAAUCCAAAAAGCCCCUCCCUGGCAGUUCGAGGACACCCUCUGCCAAUGCCAACAGCUUUGGGUUCAAGAAGCAGAGUGGCUCGGCCGCCGGUCUGGCCAUGAUCACAGCCAGCGGGGCCACUGUCACCAGCAGGUCAGCCACACUGGGCAAAAUCCCAAAGUCGUCUGCGCUCGUCGGUAGGUCUGCUGGCCGGAAGUCGAGCAUGGAUGGGGUUCAGAAUCAGGACGACGGGUACCUGUCUCUCAGCUCCCGGACAAACCUGCAGUACCGGAGUUUGCCGAGGCCCAGUAAGUCCAACAGCCGGAAUGGGGCUGGGAACAGGUCUAGUACCAGCAGCAUAGAUUCCAACAUCAGCAGCAAGUCCGCAGGCCUGCCGGUGCCUAAGCUGAGGGAGCCUUCCAAGACAGCCCUGGGCAGCUCGCUGCCAGGUCUGGUCAACCAGACAGACAAGGAGAAAGGCAUCUCAUCGGACAGCGAGAGUGUGGCUUCCUGUAACUCGGUGAAAGUGAACCCUGCAGCCCCGCCUGUGUCCAGCCCGGCUCAGGCCACUCUCCAGCCUGGGGCCAAGUACCCAGACGUGGCCUCUCCCACGCUUCGCAGACUCUUUGGUGGGAAGCCUACCAAGCAAGUGCCCAUCGCCACAGCUGAAAACAUGAAAAACUCAGUGGUCAUCUCCAAUCCUCAUGCCACCAUGACCCAGCAAGGUAACCUAGACUCCCCGUCAGGCAGUGGCGUCCUGAGCAGUGGGAGCAGCAGCCCUCUCUACAGUAAGAACGUGGACCUCAACCAGUCUCCUCUAGCCUCCAGCCCCAGCUCAGCCCACUCGGGCCCCUCCAACAGCCUCACCUGGGGCACCAACGCCAGCAGCUCCUCGGCCGUUAGCAAGGACGGCCUGGGCUUCCAGUCCGUUAGCAGCCUCCACACCAGCUGCGAGUCCAUUGACAUCUCCCUGGGCAGUGGAGGGGGACUGAGCCACAAUUCCUCCACUGGCCUGAUCGCCUCUGCUAAGGACGACUCCCUGACUCCCUUUGUCAGAACCAACAGUGUGAAGACCACACUGUCAGAAAGCCCUCUCUCUUCCCCUGCUGCUAGCCCUAAGUUCUGCAGAAGUACUCUGCCCAGGAAACAGGACAGUGACCCGCACCUUGAUAGGAACACUUUGCCUAAGAAAGGACUCAGGUAUACUCCCACCUCCCAGCUUCGCACGCAAGAAGAUGCAAAAGAAUGGUUACGGUCCCACUCUGCAGGAGGCCUGCAGGACACGGCUGCAAAUUCCCCUUUUUCCUCUGGCUCCAGUGUAACUUCUCCCUCUGGAACAAGGUUCAACUUUUCCCAGCUUGCGAGUCCCACCACUGUCACCCAGAUGAGCUUGUCCAACCCGGCCAUGCUGAGGACCCACAGCCUGUCCAAUGCCGACGGGCAGUAUGAUCCGUACACGGACAGCCGCUUCCGGAAUAGCUCCAUGUCCCUGGAUGAGAAGAGCAGAACCAUGAGCCGUUCGGGCUCGUUCCGGGAUGGGUUUGAAGAAGUUCACGGAUCCUCGCUCUCCUUGGUUUCCAGCACAUCGUCAAUUUAUUCUACACCAGAAGAAAAAUGCCAGUCAGAGAUUCGUAAACUGCGGCGGGAACUAGAUGCCUCCCAGGAGAAGGUUUCAGCUCUGACCACCCAGCUGACAGCAAAUGCUCACCUUGUGGCAGCCUUUGAACAGAGUCUUGGAAACAUGACGAUCAGGCUCCAGAGUUUGACCAUGACAGCUGAGCAGAAGGAUUCAGAACUGAAUGAGUUAAGAAAAACCAUCGAGCUGCUGAAGAAACAGAACGCAGCUGCCCAGGCUGCUAUAAAUGGAGUAAUUAACACACCGGAGCUCAACUGCAAAGGAAACGGCCCCGCGCAGUCCACAGACCUGCGCAUCCGCCGGCAGCACUCUUCUGACAGCGUCUCCAGCAUCAACAGCGCCACCAGCCACUCCAGCGUGGGCAGCAACAUAGAGAGCGACUCAAAGAAAAAGAAGAGGAAGAACUGGGUAAAUGAGUUACGCAGCUCCUUCAAGCAAGCUUUUGGGAAGAAGAAGUCCCCCAAGUCAGCAUCCUCUCACUCAGACAUCGAGGAGAUGACGGAUUCUUCUCUGCCUUCCUCGCCAAAGUUACCGCACAACGGGUCCACAGGUUCCACCCCGCUGCUGAGGAAUUCUCACUCCAACUCUCUGAUCUCAGAGUGCAUGGACAGCGAAGCCGAGACCGUCAUGCAGCUCCGAAAUGAGCUGAGAGACAAGGAGAUGAAGCUGACAGACAUCCGCCUAGAAGCCCUCAGCUCUGCCCACCAGCUCGACCAGCUCCGGGAGGCCAUGAACAGGAUGCAGAGUGAAAUAGAGAAGCUGAAAGCUGAGAAUGACCGGCUGAAGUCGGAGUCUCAAGGCAGUGGCUGCAGCCGGGCCCCCUCCCAGGUGUCCAUCUCUGCCUCCCCGAGGCAGUCCCUGGGCCUCUCCCAGCACAGCCUGAACCUCACUGAGUCAACCAGCCUGGACAUGUUGCUGGAUGACACUGGUGAAUGCUCGGCUCGGAAGGAAGGAGGCAGGCAUGUUAAGAUAGUUGUCAGCUUUCAGGAGGAAAUGAAGUGGAAGGAGGAUUCCAGACCACACGUCUUUCUCAUUGGCUGCAUUGGAGUUAGUGGCAAGACAAAAUGGGAUGUGCUCGAUGGGGUGGUCAGACGGCUGUUCAAGGAAUACAUUAUUCACGUCGACCCGGUGAGUCAGCUGGGGCUGAAUUCAGACAGCGUCCUCGGCUACAGCAUCGGGGAGAUCAGGCGCAGCCCCACUUCCGAAACCCCCGAGCUGCUCCCCUGCGGCUACCUGGUGGGCGAGAACACGACCAUCUCCGUGACGGUCAAAGGGCUCCCGGAGAACAGCCUGGACUCGCUGGUGUUCGAGUCCCUGAUCCCAAAGCCGAUCCUGCAGCGCUACGUCUCCCUGCUGGUGGAGCACCGGCGGAUCAUCCUCUCCGGCCCCAGCGGCACCGGGAAGACCUACCUGGCAAACCGACUGUCGGAGUACAUGGUGCUUCGAGAGGGACGGGAGUUGACAGACGGGGUCAUCGCCACUUUUAACGUGGACCAUAAGUCCAGCAAGGAACUGCGCCAGUACCUGUCCAACCUUGCCGACCAGUGCAACAGCGAGAACAACGCCGUGGACAUGCCCCUGGUCAUCAUCUUGGACAACCUGCACCAUGUCAGCUCUCUGGGCGAGAUCUUCAACGGGCUGCUCAACUGCAAGUACCAUAAAUGCCCUUACAUAAUCGGCACAAUGAACCAGGCUACCUCUUCUACCCCCAACCUGCAGCUUCAUCAUAACUUCAGGUGGGUGCUGUGUGCCAACCACACGGAGCCCGUGAAGGGUUUCCUGGGCCGGUUCCUGAGGAGGAAGCUCAUGGAGACGGAGAUCAGUGGGCGUGUGCGCAACGUGGAGCUGGUGAAGAUCAUCGACUGGAUCCCCAAGGUGUGGCAUCACCUCAACCGCUUCCUGGAGGCUCACAGCUCCUCCGACGUCACCAUCGGCCCCCGGCUCUUCCUGUCGUGCCCCAUCGACGUGGACGGCUCGAGAGUGUGGUUCACUGACCUGUGGAACUACUCCAUCAUCCCCUAUCUCCUAGAAGCCGUCAGGGAAGGGCUCCAGCUCUAUGGAAGGCGCACCCCCUGGGAGGAUCCUGCCAAGUGGGUGAUGGACACGUACCCAUGGGCAGCCACCCCACAGCAGCACGAGUGGCCUCCCCUGCUGCAGCUGCGGCCCGAGGAUGUCGGCUUCGAUGGCUACUCCAUGCCUCGGGAGGGGUCGACUAGCAAGCAGGUGCCCCCCAGUGACGCUGAAGGAGACCCGCUGAUGAACAUGCUGAUGAGGCUGCAGGAGGCGGCCAACUACUCCAGCCCCCAGAGCUACGACAGCGACUCCAACAGCAACAGCCACCACGACGACAUCCUGGACUCGUCCCUGGAGUCCACUCUGUGACAGGAGCCCGGCCGCAGAGCCUGCCCCUCCCCCCGCACCCGCCACGCCACGCUGAAGAUGACUUCCUGAGCCAGCCCCCGGCCGCAGCCUCAGCGCUGCAGGAAUACCAAGACCCCUCGUCCUCCAGCCUCGACCUGGGUGCGGGCGUCCCGGGCCAGCCGCCUGGGGACCGCGUCCCCACAGUGAGAACUGCACUACCUUCUGUUUUACUUUUAAUUAUUGGUAUUUUUUUUUUUUUUGCCUUGUUGCUGUGACCUCCCUAAGACACUGAAGAUACUUCUCGGGAAAGGAUCAUCACCGUUGAAAUGAAAAGGAAAAAAAAAUUUUAAAAAUAGAACCCACAUGAAGCUCUGAAACCAAACGGCACCCUGCCACCACGAGCCGCCCAGUGACGGGAGAGACUGGAGCCACGUUGGAGACGCAGACGGCUCGGCUUCCCCUCACGCGGACCCGGCCGGGUCUCCCAGCCUCGCCAACCCGCCCUCGCGGCCGCAGAGGGAACUGGUGCUAACCACGGCGCCGGCCUUGGUCCCACUCCACACACCACAGAGCUGCGACGCAGGGAAACCUGAGGAGCAAACAAAUCGUGCUUUAGUGUUUUCUUACAUGGUGCUCUCCUUACCCGAGAGGUAUUUUUGCCUGUGCUAAUUCGAACGCCCCUUCAGGCCCGUCCGCCCCCAGUGGACCCGUGAGCGCGCGUGAGCAGUGCGAGCGUGAGCGCGUGGGUGUGGCUAGCAAAGCAGAACAGCAUGUAUCUCUUCCCUUAUUAUACAGAAAGGAAUCAGGUGUUUUUUCUGCAAACACUGUGUAUAGUGAGAAUUGUUCUACUUUGGAGAACUGAUUAUCACAAUGAGGUUGAGUUUCUUCUCUCUUUCUGAUGCAUUGAUAGUUUUUUUUGUUUUUCUUUUUUGGAAGAUUUUUCUCCUUCCACCACCCUCGGUCAGAAUCAAUCCUUUGGCGAAAGCAAGAACCACAGGAGCUGAGUUUUGGUUUGGUCCUGCUCCGUUUUGGUUUUCAGUUGUCCAUCCUCACAGCCCUACACACUCGCCUCCUGCUGCCGGGGCUGGGGGUAUUCGUGUCCUUCACCAGGGUGAGGGCCCCGUCCUCCACAUGUGGGUGAGCCAUGGACCUUGCCUUUCCUCCUCGUCCUUGAGGGUUGAGCAGACACGCCGACCCCUCCUCAGGCGUCCCAGCCCCGACUCCAGGUGGGUGGCGAGGUCACCUCACAACAGACUUGCACUUUCCUCAGAACCAACGUGACGCAGCUCAGCAGGGGUGGGGUGGCUGCUCCCCACCCCACCCCCCACCCCCAGAAGCCCCAUCUGGACGAGCCUUGCCUGACCUCUUUGGUGCUGACCUUCCCAAAGUGAUGCCUUACUGGUUUUGUACUAACCGUGUUCAUGUACAUGAGUGUCGUGCCUGCCUGAGGUUAGUUUUCCUUUUUUUGUUGUUUUUGUUUUUGUUUUCCCCAUCGAAACAAACAGGGCUAAAAAGUCAUCUACUCAUUAGCAGAACUCAAGUUGCUGUGACUUUUCUCAUCCAAGAGACUCAUCGGUGUUGGGUGCGUGACCAUGGGAAAAAGAAAAAGAAAACAAAUAUCCAUUUUCAGGUUCUUAUCAGUCUCCAACUAACAACCUGACUGGACGAUGAUCUUUCUCCUGCAGGAAAAGGCAAAAGUUCCUACUAGCCUACACGGUACUGCUGGCACUUGCCCUAAGAGAAACCCAGUCUGCUGUGCUUUCAACAUACUGGUAUUUUCUUUAAAAAUAUGGUAAAUCUUUUGAGUUGUUCAUUUCUGUUGUAUAAAGAGAAUCUUUAUCGGACCCCAGUGAGGGUGUCUCUGUUUUUUCAGGGUUUUUAUUCCAUCUUUUUGCAUUUCUAUUUCUGAAGGUUUGUCUCUUGGCAUUUUUUCCCCUUGUUUUCUUACCAUAAGAGCUUGACCCGAAACUGCUCAUGUCACAUUGGAUGGCACCAUGUCCCUCUUCUUCACAAGGAAGGGGGAGAUGUGUCCCCCUAACUGGCGAAUGGAAAACCUUUCCACACUAUCCCCACUUUCAUCUCAGUAAACUCAGACUAUUCUGCUUAGCCUUCAUUAGUCAUCUGGGUGUGAGUGUGUCUUGUUCUGGUUUUGUUUUUAAUAAUAAAAUGUUUAAACCAUAUAUUUAGCCUGCGACCAGGGCCAAACCCUGAGACUUCUGAGAAACCUGAAGGGUGGCCCUUGUCAAUUUGUCUCCCAGCAAUGACCUUACGCUCUAGUACUGUGAAUUUGAGAGGAGGUGACAUUGACGAUUCCUCGUGGGCAGUUUUUCCCAGUCACCUUGUGAGUAGACACCUGCCAAGAUCGUUUGAAACCUCUUGUAUUUUUUCCAUGGCAUCCUCUCUUCUCCCCUCUCCCACGGACUUCCCUCCCACUGGGUCCAGGCUCAGAACCAAGACCUCGGUACCUGGCACAGCCUGGUUGGUGAAUGGUGAUUUCAAGUAGUGUAGCCCUCGUGAGACUCACCACUCAGUGUCCUUCCUAAAGUUUCGGGAAGCAGGGUUGUCUAAUAUGCACAUUUCUUACUUUGGUCAUGUUUUUACGUUAGUGUCACUCACGUUUGACAAAGUGACUUUGUACUCACUUAGGGCUUUGUCUGAAAUGCUUCCAUUUUGCCUUUUUCUACAGUUAGGCUAAUUUUGAAAUGUAUGAAAUUCUAUGCAACAUUUAUGUUGAGUUAACGAUGGAAGCCAAACAUUUUCUUCCCAAACUGCCAAGAAUUAUCCAGGCCAUACAUGAGAUGGGAAUACCUUUUAAUUUUAGGUUGGUUGGGGGUGGGGUGGGACAAAGAACAAGACUUGCCUAGACCUUUGCUGUACCUUGGGGACUUUCUUAUUUUAUUAAUUCUUGAACUUCAAAAUUCCGUGUAUUCAAAUUUGUGGCGAUUCUACUUCAAAAGGAAAAAAUAAUCCAACUUUGUGGAUAUUCCAUGGAAGGUUUGCUGUUUUGAUCUAGUUGUUUCCGGUGGAGCGGUUUAUGAAAUAUGUUCUAUAAGAUGUACAUUUUUUCAUUGUAACAUAGAAAUUGUAAAUAAUUGAUUAAAGUGCUGCAUUUUGAUGAAUUUUUUCUAGCCAUUUUUAAAGAGAAAACUAGGAAUUGAGUAUUUUGUGUACGGUAUGUUUCCAUCCUCCCUCCCCCCUCCUCCUUCCCGCCCUCCCUAUUUAAUUUUCAUCUGUCAUGAGGUUUUUGGAUUUGCCAAUGAUCUGCUGGACAUCAUGCCCCAUGUCAUAGAGAAUAAAGCUGAUGAUUGUACCAGUCUUAAAUUAUUCAUGAUUCAAUAAAAUUGAUGCUUAUUUAUUCAGA